AUUGACCGGAAGGGAUACACGCCAGGCGAGGUCAUCCCCAUCUUUGCCGAAAUCGACAACUGCACCUCCCGCACGGUGAUCCCCAAGGCAGCCAUCAUCCAGACACAGACUUUCAUAGCUCGAGGGGCCCGGAAGGAGAAGAAGUCAGUGGUGGCCAGCAUUGUGGGGGACUCCAUCGCAGCCCAGAAGCGGGAAGUCUGGCAUGGCCGGGCGCUCAAGAUCCCCCCCGUAGGGCCCUCCAUCCUCCAGUGUCGCAUCCUCCAGGUUGAAUAUGCACUCAAGGUCUGUAUCGACAUCCCUGGAACCUCCAAGCUGCUCCUGGAGUUGCCGCUGGUGAUCGGGACCAUCCCUCUGCACCCGUUUGGCAGCCGGACAUCCAGCAUCAGCAGCCAGUAUAGCAUCAACAUGGACUGGCUACGGAUGGGCAUCACGGAGCAGCCUGAGGCUCCUCCAGACUAUUCCUCAGUGGUUUCUGGAGAAGACUCCACACAAAUCCUAUCUCCUCCUGGCCAGAAUGGACACCCCAGCAUCUUUGAAGGGCCUUUCUUUGCCUACAUCCAAGAAUUUCGCUUCCGACCGCCUCCACUCUACUCCGAGGUGGACCCCAACCCUCCAGCCGACAAUGCUAUCCGCCCGCGCUGCAUGACAUGUUGAAGGGAAAGCUGACCUGACUCAAGAUCCAUCUUUCUACCAAGCAUGAAAGCGGAGAAAAUGCAGCAGCCAUUGGGAGUUGCCCUUGGCUCCUGGCCAAAAUCAGUGUGCCAUCCCGCACUUUAAGCGUUGCUCUGUGCAUCCCUUGCACACUGGACUCUCAGCCAUGUAAGAGACGGGGCUCGCCCAGGUUCGAUGGACAUUAGCCAUGGAAGGGAGAGGCUACAGGUUCAGAAACGGAUGGCACCAUAAGUACCCGGCCCCAACACACUCUGGACUUUUGGGUAGGGGGUUUCCUCACCAUCCGGACAGCUGAGGAGAGGCCUUGGCUCCAUCCAUCCCCAACCUUUGUGCCCUGAAGAUGGCAGUUGCCCCCAGGGGAGGCCUCCAAUGACUCAGGCACCUGAUAUGCAACACAUGGUGGCAGUUUUGGGUCACCCACUUUGGUUUCUCUUCCAAGACUGGUCUAACCUGCAGCCUCUGUGGUGAGGAGGUGGGCGGAAGGGAGGAGUAACCUCCAUCAUUGCACUUCCCGUUCUGGCAACAGGAAAGGAGAUGGUGCUGUUGGCCAGGGAUCGCCCAUAGGUGGGGAAAGGUGUUAAGUGCUUAAGUUGCCACCCUGGUUAUCUGAUCCCUUUGAUCACCCAAAACCAGCACCUUCUGGAUGGGAGUGGGAAGCUUUUGGAUACAGAAAGCUGAUAACAUCCCUAGGAGCUUUUAAAAAGCUUUGCUUAACUUGGAAAACUAGAAUCCAGCAAGGAGCAGAGUUAAAAUGGGAAGCUGUUUGCAUGGGAUGUUUUAUUGGGGGGUACAACUUAGUUACCCUCCCCAGAUGUAGAGAUAUUGUCCCCUCAUUUGUCUAUUCUUCCUCGCCUGUGUUUCUGCCUUUUUUAAAUGCUUUUAAUGUUUUUUAUACUAUUAUUGUUUAAUUCUGGUU